AACCCUCUGUUUUCCUCAAACUAACAUAGCUAGCUGGUCGCAAUUUUUCACCCUAGCAUCAUCGGGUAGAUACAUAAUGAAACGGUGAGGGAUGCGUAGCUUUGCCAAUUGUAUGCAGCUUUGUCAAUUGUAUAAGAGUUUUCUCCACUGUUGUGUCUUCUUCCUUGGGUUACUGCAGAUUUGCCCUAAUCUCUAUUUAUCUCUGUUGAACGAGAAUUAAGGUAUGCUUUCUAUUCCAUAUAUAUGCAGAAAACCAUCUUUGUACCUUGAAACAAAGCAACUAGUAGCGUUCAAGUGAUCUACUUUGGUGUUCACCAGGUGAGUUCCAAGCUUCCGCCAUAAAGAUGGAAUUCGACUCUCCAUGUCCUUCCCAUUUGUGAAAGAAAUUAGACUAGAAAGGGUUUAUUUUAAAUGUGUCUAGCAGGCUGUACUGCCUAGGAACUUGUAGUGCCAUGUUCCAUGCAGUGUAAAAUAGAACAAAAAUAGAAAGUAGAUCUAUGUUGGCAAAUCGAGAUAAUUUUAACCACAACAAUAAGGCCAUUUCUUAUGUAGAACAUUUUUAAAAUAGCAUGUUUGUAGAGUGAGUUUUAGAUGUUUACUGGGUGCUUCCACCUGUGGUUGGUCCUUCAUUAACUCAUCAGAUGAGAUAUGAUCCGGCUCGUGCAUCAAGUCCUAUUGUUGAAGAUGGCAGGAUAACUUGUUUCUAAGGCUUAGUUUAUCUAGACUGGAUGCAUCUGUAUUCAAUCGUUACACUCAAAUGGUCUAUCUUCAGGUGUCAUAAGAAUGAGAUUUUUGGUUGCCGCUGUAUAUAGGUUUUAGUUUGAGCCUCAGAUAUGGUUCAUUAUUGGUCAAAUUAAACCUGGUCGCCAAAUAUUGCUCUUUUCAACUUUUAUGCCCCACAAAGUUAAAAAGCUUGCUAGAGAAACAUUGAUGGAUCCUGUGAGAGUUACUGUUGUGACAUUAAUGAGGAUAUUAUACAAAUAAUUGAAGUGAUUCCUUCAGAUACUGAAAAUUGCCUUGGCUUUUGGAAAAGCUUCCUGGACUGAUUGACAAUGAUGAUGCUCUUUUCUUUGCUUCAAAAAAGGAAAUAGUAGAUGAUAUUGAAUCCUAAUUGGCUCAGAAGGGAUUUAGGUUGUAGCUCUCUAUGGUGACAAGUAUCAAGUUUCUCGUACAGAGACACUGCAAAAAUUUAAAUCUGGCAUAUAUCACGUUCUUAUUGCAACUGAUGUUGUUGUUCGUGGUCUUGACAUCAAAUCACUUAAGUCAGUGGGGAACUAUGACAUAGCUAAAGAUAUGGGCAUGCAUGUUCACUAUAUUGGGAGAACAGGUCGAGCCUGUGACAAAGAUGGAACAACCUACACUCUUAUUACUCAUAAGUUAUAUGGAAGCACGCUUUGCUGGUGAACUGGCAAACAAUUUGGUUGCUGCUGGUCAAAAUGUGUCCAUGGAACUAAUGGACCUUUCCAUGAAGGAUGGGAGGUUCUGGUCCAAAAGGGAUGCAAGAAAAAGAGGCGGAGAAAGGGCCAAAGGAAGGGGAGGAGGAAGCAAUAGAUAUGUACGAGGUGUGGAUUUUGAUCUAGGUAUUGGAUACAAUCCUGAAUCAAAUAA